UGGCUCGCCGUGGCUGGGAAUAGUGUGUGCGCGCAACAGCAUUCCUCACCCUUACUCACCCCUCCCUCGCUUUACGCACCUCAUUCACUCAUCCAGCACGUGUUAUAACCCCGGCUAGUGAGUGCAAAAGGAUCCUACACCCCUUGACGCAUUGGAAACGGGAGCUGUGAUACGCAGACACACGUGGGAGCUUGUAUUUCUUCAGGUUCUUCUGGGAGUCGAAUUUUGCCCAGCCACGUCCAUUUCCACCGCCAAGAUCCCUCGACAAGGUGUGCGCGGCGGCGGCCCCGGGAGAUGCCCCGCCCCCGCCGCCCGUGACGCCGCCCGCCACGCUGCCUCCCCGGCGGGGGCGGCGCCCCGGGCAUGGUGGGGUGGUGCUGCGGCCCGCGGCCCUGAUGCCACCCGGCCCCCGCGCCGCUGCUAUGCUCAAACACAUGCUGACCGUGGCGGGGCGACAGGCGGCGGGGGCGGCAGCAGCUCUGGAGGGCGGCUCCCUGGGCGGCGGGGCCAGUCAAGGGCCGAGCGGGGCCACGCUGCCGGGCCUGCACCACCACCACCUCCACCUCCAGCAGCAGCAGCAGCAGCACCUGGCCUCGCCGCCGCCGCAGCAGGUGCUCAGUGUCAAGGUGAACGGCGCGGCGGGCGGGCGCCACCACCCGGCCCUCAACAUGAGCUCCCUGUCCUCGUCCAAGCACUCGGUGGGCGGCAACUCGGGGUCGGGCAGCCCCGGCACCACCACGGUCACCCGCACCACGGGCCUCGACCACUCCCGCGACCACUCCCACCUGACGGACCUGUCGCACAUCUCCCACCUGUCGCCCAUCCCCCCCGCGGACGUGUCCAAGGCCACGCUGGCCAGCAAGCAGCGCGCCGCGGGGCUGCUGCCGCGCUUCAUCACCCUCACCCGCGCCUCGGCCUCGCGCGGCGCCCUCACCUCGCUGGGGCUGCUGUGCCUCACCUCGCUGCUGCUGGCGCUGCUGGCGCUCACCUUCCUGGUGGAGCUCACGCCGCUCGCCGCGGACGCCGACAGCGUGCAGGAGGUGACGCUGGCCCUGGCCGCCCUCACUCUGUCCCUGGACCUCAGCUGCCUCCUCAUCUGCGCCGCGCAAUUCAUCUUCGCCAUCAAGCUGGCCAAGUCCCCCAACGGCGAGGAGCGCAUGAGCAAGUACCUCAGGCAGUCCUCGGUGUCCCGCGUGUGUGCCGUGGGGGGGUUCUUCGUCUCCGUCCCCAUCUUCCUCACAGGCGUGAUCCUGUACACCUUCAUCCACUUCCAGUCCACGCCCGCCAUCCUCACCUCGGUCUUCAUCGGCGUGGGCAUCAUCUUCUGCGGGUGUGCCAUGAUCCACAAUGUCUUUAUAUGGCAAAAGGAGAAGACAAAGGGGGUAGCGCAGCAGAACAUCCAGCAGGCGGUGUGUCAGGACGGGAGGCUGCGGGACAUCAACUCCUCGCCUCUCCCCAACGCCACACUGGACCUCUCCGGCGUGGCCCCUCCGCAUGAGCUCUCAACGCUGGUCUGAGGAAGGACAAGCUCUACUCUGCUCCUCCGAUGUUGCUCACGGCAGUUACUCGUGACUAGAAUCUCCGUAUGGGCUAUCAACGUUGGACUCACGGCAUUUACUCGUGGCUAGAACUAACGUACGGGCUGUCAACGUUGGACUCACGGCAUUUACUCGUGGCUACAACCUCCGUACGGGCUAUCAACGUUGGGCUCACGGCAGUUACUCGUGGCUAAAACCUCCGUACGGGGUGUUAACGUUGGACUCACGGCAGAACUCGUGGCUACAACCUCCGUACGGGCUGUUAACGUUGGACUCACGGCAGAACUCGUGGCUACAACCUCCGUACGGGCUGUUAACGUUGGGCUCACGGUAUUUACUCGUGCCUAGAACCUCCGUACGUUGGUGUGAUGUCCCUCCAAGCUGUUCAAUCUUGCUCACGGUAGAACUCGCGGCCAGGACCUCCAUACGCCUGUCAACAUUGGUCUGAGUCUGCUGGUCAUGUUUCUGCCUCCGCCUCCUUCUCCUCCUAUUCCUCCUCCUCCCUAGUGAUUCGUACACCAGGGAAGGAAGGAUAAAAGGAAGGAAAGGGAGAUGCCUCGGGGAAAUGAAGGAAGGAAGGAAGGGAAGAAAACUUGGAAAACGAAAUGAAGGAAGGAAGGAAGAAAACUUGGAAGACGAAAUGAAGGAAGGAAGGAAGAAAACUUGGAAGACAAAAUGAAGGAAGGAAGGAAGGGAAGGGAAGAAAACUUGGAAGACAAAAUGAAGGAAGGAAGGAAGGAAGGAUUGAAAGCGAACAACAGAGGAGAGAGAGGAAAAAAGAAUGGAUAGGAGAGGAAAGAGAAGAGGAGAAGAAAGAACGAUCAGGCGAAGAAGAAGAAGAAGAUGGAGGAAGAAAAAGGAAAAUGAGGAAGGCGAGAAUGAUCACGUGACUCGAGUUGACGAUGAAAAGCAAAAAAAAAAUAUGAAACAAAUAGAUUAAUAAAACAAAUGACGGUGAACGAAGGUGGA